AUGAGGCCAAUCCACCCACUGCGCUCACUAUGGCGCCACACACCCCCAAGGCGCACCAUAACCACCGCCCCGGGGACCUUCGCAAACCUGCGCUAUGAGCUCCUGGCCCGGCCCCCAAAGUGCUACUACGACUACCUGACCCCGACCAACUCGCACCUCCUCUCCGUCACCCUGGCCGACCAGCUGCUCCUCCGCGACCCGUCGUCCAGCCGCCCCUACCCGCCGCCGUCCUCGUCCGACGUGGACCACUGGACCCUCCCCAAGGUCCACCGCGGCGGCGGUGCCCUGCCCGCCCCUCCCUUGCCCCAGGGCCACCACCUCGUCUACUUCCCGCCCACGCACCCCUCCUCCGCCCUCCUCGCAGACGGCACCGACGCGGACCACUGGCCCGGCCAGCCCUUCACCCGCCGCCUGUGGGCCCGCGGCGCCGUCUCCUUCGCCGAGGGCUGGGAGGCGAACCUGCUCCUGGACAAGCGCCGCGCCGCCUGCGUCGAGCGCGUCGAGGACGUGAGGCUCCACUGGGCCAGGGCCGGCGUGGCGCAGGGCGGUGGUGGUGAUGAUGGCGGCGACGGCAACCACCCCGUGGGCGACAAGGUCUUCGUCGACAUCGUGCGGCGCUACGGUCCCGUCGGCGAGGACGAGGACGCCGUGGACGGCCCCGAGGUGGUGCGGAGGAUCGAGGGGAGCCCGGCCAUCGUCGAGCGGCGCACGCUCGUGUUCCUGACCGGCAAGGCCGAGGACGGCGGCAGCCGUGGGAGCCCCAGGAGUUCCAAGCCGAAGCUCUACCAGGACCCAGCGCACGUGACCCCCUUCACAGCCACACCCGCGGUCCUCUUCCGCUUCUCGGCGCUGAGCUUCAACGCCCACGCCAUCCACCUGGACCCGGCCCACUGCCGCGCCGCCGAGGGCUACGAGAGGCCGCUCGUCCACGGGCCGCUCCUGCUGGUCCUCAUGCUCUCCGCCCUGCGGGCCGCCGCCCUCGCUGAAGGGGUCACCCCGCCCGCGGCAAGGGGGCUCGAGUACAUGAACCUGCAGCCCGUAUUUGUCAGCGAGACGAUGAGGGUGUGCGUCCGGCCGGCCGGGACGAGGUGGCAUGUGUGGGUCGAGGGCGAGGACGGGAGGUUGUGCGUCAAGGGCUCGGCCAAGUUUGCGUGA